CUCAGUGCCGGGAUGGAUGCGUUUAUGAAGGGCUUGUCCAAGGCAAAGGAAGGGGUUGUGGCUGCAGCAGAGAAGACCAAGGAAGGGGUAACAGUGGCAGCAGAGAAGACCAAGGAAGGCAUGCUGUAUGUUGGAAAUAAAACUCGGGAAGGUGUGGUGCAAGGUGUGACCUCAGUUGCUGAGAAGACAAAGGAGCAGGCAUCACAUCUGGGUGGAGCUGUCUUCUCAGGAGCUGGCAAUAUUGCAGCUGCCACAGGACUGGUCAAGAAAGAAGACUUUCCCACUGAUGUGAAACCUGAAGAGGUUGGUCAGGAAGCAGUGGAGGAGCCACUGAUAGAGCCACUGUUAGAACCCGAGAGUGAGAAUUAUGAAGAGGCACCGCAGGAGGAAUAUCAGGAAUAUGAGCCAGAAGCAUAAUGGCCACAGCUGUUCCCGACACUUCCACCAGCAGCACAAUAACAAUAAUUUCUUCUUCCCUAUCCACAUCCAUCUCUCCAAAAGAAGGCCUUGAUGCAGAUGGUAAUGGAGAGAACCCCCAUACCCCAUCCUGUCAUGAGUUCUUCCUCCAAUUCUGCUCCAAGAGACCUCAUCAGGAUCAGUGUUUUAUGUAUUGUGGUCUUUAGCGUUAAAGAGAAAGAAUACUGAAGACAAACCCUGACCGCAGUGGUUUGUGUACAUGUGUACAUUUCAAAGCCCAGCCUUACUGCCUGUCUCCCUCUCAGUGCAGUAAGGCCAGACUUCAUCUGUUUGUAAGCAGCAUGUUGUAUCUUCUCUGUUUUUAAACAGAGCAUUCCAUGUCCUUGACUGGGACCUUGCACUAGGCCCACUGUACAUUUGCUUGCACGUGAAUCAUGCCAACUCCGUUCCAUUAUCAUUGGAACUUUUUAAAAAAAAUAUCUGGUCAUCAAAAAAUGUCCUGGUCAUGUAAAAGAGACUUCCUGAUUUUAACGGUGCAGAAGUUGUGUCUAUGUAUCCUAAACAAAAGGAGCAUCUUUCCUUUCCUGCCCCCACCGCUCUGUAUAUUUUGACUGUGGCAUGGAUAUAUAUACCUCCCACUGUCGCUGUGUGUGCAAUCCUGGGUUGCUGCUAGUGAUGCGGCUACCCAUCUCCAUGAAUAAAGCCAAUUCUUGACGGUAGCUGUUUUUCUGCUUCCACGUAGUUCAUAGGUCAAGAGGGGGAGCAGUUGUCCAGUGCUUUUCUGAGAACAAGGUAGUUUUCAAUGGGCCAAGUGUCCACAUUGGUGACCUUUCAAGGCUUUGAGAAGAGCAUAACUGUAAUGUCUAAGGGAAGUGGCUGAUGCUGCUUCUUACAAACAAUAAUAUAACUUCAGUGAUUUUUUUUUCCAAAUUAAAAUAUAAGCAAUCAGUAACUAAAAUGGGACAUCCAUUGGAAGUGCUGAACAAGCCCCUUCAGCAGGUAUAUUGUUCUCAUCCUAGAUGAAUAAGCUAGAGGUCUUAAAAUUGAACUGCCAAUAUUAUAUCCAUCUCUAUUGUGCAGUCAUACUUGAACCAGAACUCUAUUCUGCACAUGAUUUAAAAAAACAAACUGCUAACAGUAGAAAACAUGUAGAGAAAAUAGUCAAAGGACAGAAAUACCUUUUCUGAAAGAUGAUAACAUUUAGGGCUUAGAACCUGAUAGAAAGAAAGUAAGGAAUAUAAUUGUGCAUGGUACAGAGAAAGUGAUUUUUUUUUGUUCUCCUUCUCUUAUAAAACUAGAACCUAGGCACUUCCAUUGAAGCUGAUUUGCAGGAAAUUGAAGAUAGGAACAACAUACAAUAAUUUAUAAAAUUUGCUAUCACAAGACACAGUGAGAGUAGUUUAGACUACUUUUUAACACAAAUUCAUUGAAAUAUCAAUAGAUACCAUUAAGCCAUAAAGCAGCUUCAGUCCCAUAAGCCAGUGAGGGUAAACCUUUUCGGCACCUAGUGCCCGAAUUGGAACGCACAUGUGUGCCAGAGCGCUGUAAACCAGAAGACCAGCUGGCCACGGUGCGCAUGCCCACAGAGAGGGUUCUGUGUGCCACCUCUGGCAUGCAUGCCAGAGGUUAGUCAUCAUGGCCAUAAGCUAUCACUAGGGAACCAUUAUCAGAGAAGGAAACUUAUUUGCAUUAUUGUAUUUAUUGGCUUCUCAGAAGCAUCUGAUUGGUGAUGGCUAGAGACAGAACGCUGUGCUAGAUAAGCCAUAGAUCUGAUCCAAGAGAGCUAUUACAGUCUUAAGAUAUACAUAACACACACACACACACACACACACACACACAAAUACCCCUAUUCAGCCUUAAGAUAUUAGGGCAACACUGUCUUCUGAGAUAAUAAUUAUUAGAAAUUAAUAUAGUCCAGUGAAUACCAAGCCUGCUUAUAAGUAGUCUAUCUAGUAUCCAAUUCUAAAACAGUUGCACUGCCAUUAAUUAAUGCUAUUCAUGUGAUUGAUGAAGACAGUAUGUAAUAAAUCUUGAUUAAAAGGGCAUUUUGCUUACUUUUAGUGGGAAAAUCACGCUUCAGAAAAACUGCCACGGGGCAGAAAAAUGUGUGCCUUCCACUUUGAAAUGAGAGAAAAUUUAAAGUCUUUUAAGCCACAAAAUCUACUUUUGUGGCUUGAAAUCCCUACCAAUUUACCUACCCAAUAUCUGAAUAGUUGCUAAAAGGUAAGAACAAUAUUGUAGCUGCUAAUUUCCAUGUUAUUUUGUUAAGUUAUAGAUGGCUUAAUAAUUUGUGGAGUUUCUUAUUACAACUUUUAUUUUAAAAUCAAUACCAAUCUUACAUUGUCUCCCUUUCCUGUGAUAAAGCUUUCUCGAUAAACAUUUCA